AUGGACAAGUCAGUACAAGCAAUGGACGUUAAAAAUCCAGUCGACCAGCUAACAUGCAAAGAGGAGCAAUUGGCCACUGUUUCCUUUGGACUCGCAUUCGCGGCACUCAGCAUUCUGACCCUCAUGUCGGCGCUGGACGCGACUUCCCUGUCGAUUGCUUUGCCUCGAAUUUCUCAGACAUUAAACACUACCGCUAUAGAAGCUUUCUGGGGUGGCACCUCCUUCUUACUGUGUUCCUCUGUUUUCCAGCCCAUUUUCACGGCAUUUUCACAUAUCUUCGGCCGAAAGUCUAUGAUACUCAUAUCAGUCGUGUUGUUUUUCGUCGGUGCGCUUGUAGGCUCGCAGGCACAGAAUGCAGUGCAUUUCUUAGUCAGCCGUUCGGUACAAGGUGUGGGGGGCGGAGGAAUCAUUGCAUUGACAGAGAUCGUGGUCACUGAUAUGGUUCCUCUUCGGGAUCGUGGCAGAUGGUUUGGAAUCCUCAGAGGAGCGCUGGUCCAGCGGUCGACUUGGCGUUGGUUAUUCUAUAUAAAUUUUCCAUUCAUUGGACUUGGUCUCAUCUUUGUGGUGAUCUUCCUUCGAUUCAAAUCACUGUCAUCCAACUGGAGAUCCAAACUGGCCCGGGUAGACUGGGCUGGGUCCGUCAUUUUCAUCGCCUCUUCUAGUGCCUUCUUAAUUCCACUCAGCUGGGGUGGUAUCAUGUACUCCUGGUCAUCCUGGCAUACUGUGGUCCCACUGGUUGUAGGAGCGGUGGGGAUUGUCGUUUUUGGUUUUUACGAGAAACAUGUGGCAGUCGAGCCCAUUGUCCGACUAUCGAUUUUCAAAACAUGCACCGCCAUCAUCUCGUACUUGGGCACCAUCCUGCACGGGAUGAUCCUCUGGUGUGUGCUCUACUACAUGCCGCUCUACUUUGAAGGAGUGAAAGGAUAUACUCCAAUUCUGUCUGGCUUGUCUUGUCUUCCAAUGACGUUCACGGUUGCCCCAGCUGCCGGUGUCGUUGGUAUUAUCAUCGCAGUCACCGGUCGCUAUCGACACACCAUCUGGGUUGGCUGGACGUUCAGCACCCUCGGCCUCGGUCUCUUAUAUCUGCUCGACGUCCAUACACCUAUUGCAUUGUGGGUCUGCGUCAUGAUCGUCGGUGGGACCGGGCUUGGAAUACUUUUCCCCUCCAUGGCAUUUGCAAUUCAGGGCUCUGCUGUUGAUGCAGACGUCGCAUAUGCAAUCGGGAUGUUCUCCUUCUUCCGUGCCUUCGGCCAGACGGUGGGGGUUGCAGUUGGUGGAGUGAUCUUUCAGAAUCGCAUGCGGAUCGAGCUGCAGAAAUAUCCCAAGUUCGCGCCUCUAGCAGCCGGAUAUGUUCAGGAUGCGACGGCACUAGUGGAAAUUAUCAAGAGCAUGAGUGAUUCGGUCGAAAAGUCAAACCUCAAACAGGCUUAUGCCGAUGGUCUUAAGCCUGUGUGGGCCACAUGUUGUGGACUUGCCGGUAUUGGACUUGUUCUAAGCUCAUGGACGAAAGCCUACAGUCUUGAUCGUGGGCUUGUCACCGAGCAGGCCUUCCAACACAGGAAACUACGGGCUGGCCGUUCUCGGCAUGAAAUCGCCCAGUUAGCAUAG